GUACCAAGAGAUGCGUAGAGACAUGCAGAGCCGACUUAACACAAGCGAAGGCAGUGAAACGCCCCUUCCAAGUGCCAAGGACAUGCAAAGAUUUGUCAUGAGUUACAUAAAUUGCUUCCACCGCCACCUCCCCAUCAUCCACUUCGCUUCCUUUGACCUGCAUACCACGCCGAGCCCUUUAACAUUCGCCGUAUGCGCCAUAGGGGCGCUCUACCGACUCGAUCGGAAGUGGUCUAAUAGCCUGUUCCAGCUCGCCACGCAGAUGCUGGAAGUAUCUUCGAUCCCGAAAACGCUCGGCGCAUCGUUGGCUCCGAGUCCGUUGUGGAUUGCGCAGACACGCAUCCUGUUGAGCAUAUUCGGCAUGUUUGGCGGGAAGCCGGCUGUUGCGAGGGCGGGGAUCUCGAAGCUGGGGUUUUUCAUGAUGGAUUACUCGGCGCGGAGGACGGCGCUGCUCGCGGAUACGAGACGGGAUGAGGAUUUGACCUGGGAGGAAUGGAUCUCCAAGGAGUCGAGUAAAAGGGUUCUCUGCUCCUUCUUCAUCCUCAGCGACAUGAUUUCCAUAACGUACGGCGUGACACCUGGGUUUACGACGACCCACGACCUCGUCAUCGAGAUGCCAUGCGAAGAGAAGCUCUGGAAUGCUCUUUCGACCGAACAGUGGACCAGUCUGAGAGCCUCUCAAGUUUCGAGCCCAAUCAAAACCAUACGCGAGGCUAUGGCGACACUGAUCCUCGCUAGAAAGGAAGACAGCGCCAACGCCAGACCGCUCUACAUUUCUGGAUUCACGACCGUUGUCCUCAUGCACGCGGUAAACGUGCACAUGUGGACUCUACCGCAGUUCACACAGUCAUUUAGCCAGGACGCGUCAGAAGUGGGUCCGGACGGGUCGCUCCAGGCUAUACUGCUGUCGGCAGCAUCGACGGCGCUCGCAAGGUGCCACCGCGCGCUCACCCAGGGCCACGCCGAGGACCCCGGUUCCACGUGGAGCGAAAGCGAAGGCCCGCUCAUGUUCAACUGCAGAGCGCUGCUGCGGAUCGCGUACAAUCGAACCUUUACUGAUUUCGCGGCUUUCAACCGCAUGGUGCUGCUCGCGGACAAUCCCCAGGAAGUCAAGCAAGCGUUGGCCGUGUACGUUUCUGCAAAGCAGCAGCGUAGCCAUCACCACACCAAGGCCGUUGCCAAGGCGUUCGAAGGCUUACUUGCGCCGGUGAAGAUUGGCUUGAUGCUGGUUAGGAAGACGGCCGCGUUCAAUUGGAGCGUCGAGCACGCCGUCGCGGGCUGGGAUAGUGCACUGUUCCUCACGAAAUGGAUCCACACGGUGGAAAAAUCGUCGGCUGCGCAGGCUCCUGACGAAGAGGAGCGCAAGAUUCUGGAACAGGUCAAAGAGCUCCUCGCAGAGGUCGAGAGCGAUUAUUCCGGGGACACGUCGCUGGCCGCGGCGGUCGCAACGACGUGGGCCAGCCUUCUUGACGACGUGUGGGUGUGGGGCGUCACGCCCAGGAUGGGCUCGGUGCUGCAAGAACUUGCAAAUCAAUUCGAGAAGGACUAUCGUAGCCAGGCCCGCGGCUCAUGAACGGCUCUGUCCAGCGCAUCGCCAACACGAUUGCGGCCGUGGAUGCCCAGGGGCUGAUGUUCGUCCAGGCCCUGUGAACCGCCGACCUUUGAUCCGAUGGAUCCGCUGGACAGCCGUUCGAACCAUGGUGCCGUGCGUUUAUAAGACGCAUUUUGGGAGCGUUAGUCCGCUAGUUGCGGUAGAGCACACGAAUCAAGGCAACGGAGACACUACUAGACGAAACACAGAUCAACGGUGAUGACAUGGACGGUGAAUGUACCACGCGGGUGAGCACGACACGCAACUACUUUCAUU